AUGGCGGAGGUGGUGAAUGUGCGGUUAGAAACGGUAUCUUUAUCAGCAAGAGUGGCACCAAUUGACGAGGAAAUUUGCCCUGAAAACAUUAAUCAACAAUCUCUGCAAAACUCAGAAACGUCAUCAAUUCAAGGGUUUGAAUCUUGGCUACCCAUUACAGAAUCCAGAAAGGGUAAUGCUUUCACUGCUGCACUGCAUUUAUUAUGCUCUGGAAUUGGAGUCCAAAUUCUACUGCUUCCCAUGGCAUUCGUCGCACUGGGAUGGUCAUGGGGCAUCGUCUCUCUGUGUAUGGCAUUCUUGUGGCAGCUCUACACUACAUGGAUUUUAGUGCAUCUUCACGAACCAGCACCUGGAAUUCGUUACAGCAGAUUUCUCCACCUAUCUAUAGUAGCUUUUGGUCCAAAAUUAGGAAAGUUGCUAGCGAUAUUCCCAACAAUGUACCUGGCAGGAGGCACGUGCGUCUUGUUCAUAAUCAAUGGGGGCUGGAUCAUUGAGCUUUUCUACAAAGUCAUUUGUGGUGAUAAUUUGCAAUGCAAUAACAAGACAUUAACCGGUGCACAAUGGUUCUUAGUCUUUGUGUGCUUGUCAAUCUUGUUGUCUCAAUUCUUCCCAAAUUUGAACUCUCUGUCCCGGGUUUCAUUUGUCGGUUCGAUUAUGGCCGUCACAUAUUGUAGCAUGAUAUGGAUUCUAUCCGUCAGCACGGGUCCAAUGAAAGGUAUUUCCCAUGACCCUUCUGAGGCAUCAACAUCGGACAUGGUCGCAAUUCGUAAUGCCUUGAAUGGUAUAGGAUACAUUGCUCUCGUAUUCAGAGGUCACAAUCUUGUACUUGAAAUACAGGGGACAAUACGCUCGAAUCAAAAAUGUCCUACGAGCGUGCCUAUGUGGAGAGGAGUGACAAUAUCAUAUUUACUUGUAGCAAUAUGUCUAUUUCCCAUUGCAAUUGUUGGAUAUUGGGCUUAUGGAAAUACGAUACCCUUUAAUGGAGGAAUUUUAAGCGCAUUAAUGAAGUUCCACAAAAACAACACAUCAAAUGGCAUUCCCCUUCUUGGGAAGUUUGGGUUUAUUCAUCGGCGCAAUAAUAUUACCGUUGACAUUUUCUUAUCCAUGCUUCAUGUGGAUUGUGAUGAAGAAACCUCGGGCGAUGAGUCGAAUGUGGUGCCUCAACGUAGGUCUCGGCUCGUUGGGUGUGUUGCUCAGCUUAUUAUUACUCGUUUCAUCUUUGAGUACACUAAUAGCUAA